ACCUCGUGACAGGGGGCUGGCUCAACCCGCCCCAGCCCUGAGGAGGGGGCGGGAUAGGGGGAGCCCUAUAAUUGGACAAGUCUGGGAUCCAGCGCCCUGCUCAGCCCCCGGAGGCUAAGGACUUGUUUCUGAAGACGCUGACUGGCCGCUCAGAAUCAGGACGAUGAAGGCUCUGUGGGCCGUGCUGGUGGUCACUUUGCUGGCAGGAUGCCUGGCCGAGGGAGAGCUCGAGCCCGAGGUAAACGAGCAGCUGGCAUGGCAGAGCAGCAAACCCUGGGAGCUGGCCAUGAGCCGCUUCUGGGAUUACCUGCGUUGGGUGCAGACACUGUCUGACCAGGUCCAGGAAGAACUGCAGACGUCACAAGUCACCCAGGAACUGACGGUCCUGAUGGAGGACACCAUGACAGAAGUCAAGGCUUACAAAAAGGAGCUGGAGGAGCAGCUGGGCCCAAUGGCGGAGGAGACACGGGCCAGGCUGUCCAAAGAGGUGCAGGCAGCACAGGCCCGGCUCGGGGCGGACAUGGAGGACCUGCGCAGCCGACUGGGGCAGUACCGCAACGAGGUGCAGACCAUGCUGGGCCAGAGCACCGAGGAGCUGCGAGCGCGCUUCUCCACGCACCUGCGCAAGCUGCGCAAGCGCCUGAUGCGGGAUGCCGAGGAUCUGCAGAAGCGCCUGGCGGUAUACAAGGCCGGGGCACACGAGGGCGCGGAGCGUGGCGUGGGCGCCAUCCGGGAGCGCCUGGGGCCGUUGGUGGAGCAGGGUCGCCAGCGCACAGCCAGCCUAGGCGCCGGGGCUGCCCAGCCUCUGCGCGAGCGCGCCCAGGCUUUGGGUGACCGCAUCCGAGGGCGGCUAGAGGAGGUGGGCAACCAGGCCCGGGACCGCCUGGAGGAGGUGCGCGAGCAGAUGGAGGAGGUGCGCGCCAAGGUGGAGGAGCAGGCCCAGCAGAUGCGCCUGCAGGCUGAGAUCUUCCAGGCCCGCCUCAAGGGCUGGUUCGAGCCCCUGGUGGAAGACAUGCAGCGCCAGUGGGCAAACCUGGUGGAGAAGAUUCAGGCCUCCGUGGCUACCAACCCCAUCCCUGCCUCCCCAGUGCCACAGGAGAGUCAAUGAGUAUCCCUCUCCCGCCCGCUGCGGCGACACCCAUGGCCAGCAGGUGGCCCUGUCCCCAGUACCACUCUGGCCCUCUGGUGGCCCUGGCUUAAUAAAGAUUCUCCAAGCA